AUGACAUCGAGACAGUCUACCGCAGGUGGUGAAGAGUUGGAGCACCAAGAGUCGGAGCACCAAGAGUCGGAACACCAAGAAUCGGAACAACAAGAGUUGAAGUACCAAGAGUCGGGGUACCAAGAUUUGAAGGACCAAGAGUCGAAAAACGACCUCCAUCAUGGCGACAGAGGCGAGCUUGCUAGAAGCAAUGAUCGUAGAGAUCAGUUUGGUUAUCAGUCGGGCGGUCAGCACGGCGGUGGACAUUUGCAACAUCCUCCGUCUUCGCAUCCCUCUCAGGCUCCUGGUAAUACCACAGGCUACCCGUCUACUGCUCAGCGUGGGCCUCUAGCUCCUCCGUCUCAAUCUUCUUAUAAUGCCACAGGCUACCUGUCUACUGCUCAUCAUGGGCCUAUACCUUCAUAUCUGCAGCCGCCUCUAGCUCGUAGCAAUACCACAGACUACCUGCCGACUGCUCAGCAUGGGUUUCUACCUCCUCCAAAUCCGCCUCCAAUUCAGGCUCCUGCCAGUACCGUGCCUCAAAAUCCCCGACCAUCUAGGGCAAACUAUCCACAUGGUCAUUAUCCCCCCCAGAAUGCCCCUACCGGACAGCAUGGUUUGAAUCAGCCAGCCCCGCACGGAAUUUCCUCUCAGGUGCCACUGGGAUCCGGAAACGAGCCCCCACACCCCUCAUCCCAGCUCUACGGGCCCAACCAGACAUGGCAUACAAGCUACAACAGCGUCAAUGGUGAAGAGGAAGGAAAGGAGAAGAAAGGGGGCAGGAAAAGAACAAGAUCUCAAGCCAACAUAGACCAGGAUCCGUCGGCUGGGUCUCGGGGGUCUUGGGAUUUACUGAGGAGAGACUUAGGUAAUACUCUGAGAUCCGUCUUGUUUCAAUUCAAGGAGAUUGAUAAAAUUGAGGGUCACUCCACUGACGAAGAGGCCAACCUGACCAUCCAUUUUACGGUGAGCCGCUCACAGGACACGGGCGAGGUCAACGUCAACACCCAGCUUAAUGGGCCUCCUGGGGAACAGAGACGCAGCGGAUAG